GUAGAUCGCUAAAAGGAACUUAACAUACAAAAUAUUUAUGGCUACUUCCGAACGGCGCAUUUACUGGCUACUCGUUCUUUUUUGGGCAGGAAACCGAUCGGAAUACACAGAUAAAGUAGUUGUUAAAAUUCAAGAUAAUCUUCUAAGAACAGUGGAAACAUGUAUGUCACAUCUUCAGUAUGUGUACGUAGACAAGAUCAUUGACGGCAUAUACGUUUUUGAAAAACUUGAUGGCAUUGCUGGAGAACUUUGGGAUGAGCAGCUUCAAGAAAUAAAGGACCAUUGUGACGGCAAGAUUGAAGAGAUAGAACAAAGUCGAUACAUGUUUCCUCUGAUUCCGAUUGAAGCUAAUGAAGAAGAAGACAAAUUGCACCGUAACUACUUGAUGGAGGACUGCCAAUUCUUGUACCACGAAACCCACGGCAUUUCACAAGCUUGGUCCUCCGGUUACAGUGGCAAAGAUGUUGUUAUUGGGAUGAUCGAUAUUGGGUUCCCAGGAAUACACCCGGACUCAAUAUAUAUCAAUAUAUCCCUGUCGCACGAUUUCGGAGAGUAUGUUGGGGGAAGACAUAUAACGAGCAUGUUGUCGAACGAUAUAAACAAGAUAUCGGACGAAACAUGUAGCUUUUGUGAUGUUGGAGUUGCUUAUAAAGCAGAUUUCGUUGAUCUAGAGAUUGGAUCGAUGUUUAACAUAACGUAUGCUAGCGCUACUGAUGACGACACGUUUGCAAGAGCUUUAGUUUACAAACAGUCAUAUAUUGAUAUUUAUGUUUGUGAAUGGAAAUUCAAUUUUCACCUUAAUGCAAUUGAUAUUGCAAUACAAUCGUCUAUUCAAAGUGGAGUUAAAAAGGGUCGAGGAGGGCUUGGAUCGAUAUACGUGCUACCUUCCGGUCAUGCGGGAGAUGGGUUUUUUAAUGACACGUUUGUUAUCUCGGUUGGAUCUGUAGUUUUCAACCAAAUACACCAUAGCGAUCUAAUCAUCAAUUCGGCCACAUUAGUUUCUGCAGUUAUCACGGAGAGCAAUAAAGCCAGAAAAGAAGGCAGUUCAUGUUUUGGACCCUAUAUGGCGACUGGAAUGAUUGCAGGGAUGAUUGCUUUAACCCUACAAGAAAAUCACAUCUUGAGCAUUCGCGAUAUCAAGCAGAUCCUUAUCCAAUCAUCGACACAUCUUGGACUUGAUUUCUCAAACGAAUUCAUGCCAAACGGGGCUGGAAGGUUCUUUCAUCCAUCAUUGGGAUUCGGAUAUCCAAAUGCAUCACAAAUGAUUGAAUUUGCAAAAUCUUGGAUACGACUCCCAAUGCAGUACACGUACAGAUACAAGAUGGACAACAAACAUGGAACCUCUAGUCUACGGUUUACGGUUGUUUGUGUCAAUAAAUGUGUAAAAGUUAUUGAGGAAGUUGUCGUUCAAAUAUACAACAUAACCUUAAAAAAAGGAUUCACACUUACACUAACCUCCCCAAGUGACACGUUGUCAGUUCUCCAUGCGUCGCAAGUACAUUCAGCAUAUCACUGGCCAAAUACUAUAGCAAGCCGACAGUUCAUGUCAACACACUUUUGGGGAGAAGGCAGUAAUGGGGUUUGGAAAUUACGCUGUUCUGGUUGCGGUAUUUUAUCCGCCUUCCUGAUCAUUCAAGGAUUGAAAGGCGAAAAGGUAUUUUCACAAACAGUUCCGAUUGAUUCAAAACAACAAGACAGCGGCGGUUCAUCUUGGAUGACCACAUUGAUAAUAGUAUUUGUAGUUACAGUGUUACCUAUUAGUUACGUUAUUAGGAACCGUGUUACAUGUUCCUUCAUAAGGUUGAAUCCUAUGCAGACUUCUGAGGAAAUGCACAGAUUGCAUACAUGUGAAACUGAAUCAAUUGAAGAGGUAUCGCUAUGAAAUGGUGUGGUCAAAUUAGCUCGGAAAUUGACCUAUCAUAGAACAAAAUGCAAAUAAUUUGUUUUGGUAUGCUUUAAAUAAUGCAAUAUAUUUCAGCUUUGAGGUUGGACAACGUUAAAUCUAUGUAAACAUUCCAUGCGUUGGUCAUUUCCAAUGAUUUCAAGAGAAUAUAUUUAAAGUAAACUUUGUUUAUUACAUAUGUAAAUAAAAUGUGUAUACAUUAUGAAACAAAUUGUUAUGUAUAUAAUUAAUAUAUAAUAUAUGCAGCAAAUCAAUAUUCCCAUGUUUAUAAAGAACCAUCUAGUGAUCACCUGGUUCUGUGUUAGGGUGAACAAUGUAUAGGAUGCAAAAUGUAUUUAAUUAUGUAAGAUAAAAAUGAAAAUGGAAAUACACGGUAAAUAUCGUAAGAGUUCUUGAGUUGAAAUAAAUAUUUUCAU